AUGGGUACCCUGAAGGCGGCAAAGAAGAAGGGCUAUUUGACCUUUGAGGGUGAGUUGCUGCUACAGGGUCAGCACGAUGAGACCUUGAUCUCCGUGGUUGGCAUGGAGGCUGAGAAGGAAGAAGAACCAGGUACAGACCAGGUUGAAUCAAAAUCAGACACUGUAAAGGAUGAUAGCGCAGCGACUGCUGUACAAGAGGAGCAAAGACAGGAAAUGCAGGAACCACAGGAAAGGUCUUCGCCUCUGGAGCCCUCAGAUGCCGGACAGGAGGUAUUGGCAUCCACGACUUCGGCCACGGUGAAGAAAACCGAGGAUGGGAAGUGGAAGGUUGACACUGGGUACAUCGACCACAGGACGAAAGAUCCUGACAGGCUCGAGGGGCGGCGUUCCGUGGUGGAGCCCAAGAUGACUGCAACCCGAAGCGAGCGAGAUGAAGCCGGCAAGUUCAAAGUUGACACUUCGUACAUCAACCAUCGCACAGGCGAAGUUGACCGUCUGGAAGGAAGAAAGUCCGUGUUGGGGAGUGACAACUUGGUGGCAGCGCACUCUGCCACAGUGAAGAAGGAUGAUGGCAAGUGGAAGGUGGAUACUUCGUACAUAGAACAUCGCACUGGCGACCCGGGGAACUUGACCAGAAAAGAGGAGAAGCUGGACGAAGCGAGAUACGCAGACCCAGCGCAGAAGAAGUACCCACAUGAGGAGCUAAAGGCUAGCAAAGAGAGGCCAGAAGACGUGGAUCCAGCAAGGAGGGAGCAGUACCUGUCUGACUCAGACUUCCAGGCGCUUUUUGGGAUGUCGAUAGCGGCGUUUCUGAAGCAGCCCAAGUGGAAGCAGCAGAAUGCCAAGAAGGGCGACCGGGAGGCGAAGCCAUGCAUGGCGAUCCGCAGUGACGCUGCGGAUUGCGCUUUGCGCAGGUGCCGUUCCAGAGCGGGCCGCGAUGCUGAGCCAGCGGGCCUGGCACAAGCAGAGGAGCGGCUGCAAGGUGCAUUAGCUGCGCUUGCGACCUUGGAGGUGACGCCCCAGCGCCAAGUGGGAAAUCAGCGCCAUGCACCGGAGCCCAUCCGUGACCUCCAGGUGGACACUCCAGCUCGGAGGUGGCGGCGCAACGACAGAGAGCUCAGCGAAGCCACGUACAGGACGCCGACGAAGACAACAAAGACGGUGCUUAGCACGCCUGCAAAGGAUGCGGACCUGGCAGCAACGGAGCGGAUGCUGCAGGACUUGACCCUUGCGUCAGUCGCUGUGGCUGAAUCCUGGCCAGUCUGCAAGGAGCUGGCAUCGGCCCUGAAGAGCCAGGCCAGCGCCAAGCUUGCGGAGCUGACGGCUGGCAAGCUGCGACCAGACCAGGUCAAGCAGGUACGAGAGGACGCUGCUGAAAGCCUUCGCUUCUUGAAAUCGUCCUUGGAACCGCAAGAGCUUCACACUCCAAAAGAUCAGGAGCUCCGGAAAGUCUUGGGAAGUGUCGCACGCGACAUGGAGAUGACCCUGAGUGGUCUUCGAUCAAGACGCGAUCACUGA